AUGGCUUCAAUGCUACACUACCUUCGCUUCGGCAACAACGCCUCCAAGGAAGAAGCACCACCAGCCAACAACGCUCCCGUGCGUGCUUUGCCCGCAUCAUGGUACACUUCCCAGGAGAUAUACGAGUUGGAGCGCCGUGCUAUAUUCUCCAAGAGAUGGCUUUUCAUGACCCACAGCUCGCGAAUCAAGGAGGCCGGCGACUGGCUCCGCUACGAACUUGCGGGAUUCGACUUCAUCAUUAUCCGUGACCGGCAAAACAACAUCAACGCAUUUCACAAUGUCUGCCGACACCGUGCAUAUCCAGUGAUUGAGAAGCAGGGUCAAGGAAACGCUAAGAUCAUUGCUUGCCGGUAUCACGGCUGGUCCUACGGUCUCAAUGGCAAACUGGCAAAAGCUCCCGGAUACCAAGAGCUGGAUGGGUUCAACAAGGAGCAGAACGGUCUUUUCCGUAUCCAUGUCAAGGUCGACGUCAAUGGCUUUAUCUGGGUCAACCUGGACGCGAAGGAAACACCCGAGGUCUCAUGGGACGAACACUUCAAGGAUGUUGACAAGCAAGAGAGGUACAAAGCCUAUAACUUUGACAACUACGAUCUUGACCAUACCUAUGAGUUGGAGGGUCACUACAACUGGAAGAUUCUGUCUGACAACUUCAAUGAAUGUUACCACUGCCCUACGACACACGCGGAUAUUCCUGAAUUUCUCAAUCUUGACUCUUUCGACAGCGACACCAAAGACGGGCAUAUCCAACACCAUUGCGUUUCUACACCGGAGCAGCUUGCGAAAGGCUUGUACACCGCCAGUACUUACUAUUUCCCUACGUCUGCCAUGGUUGUCUCGCCACAUUUCAUGAUGAUCCAGAAAUUCCUCCCUAAGGGCCCCGGCACAUCCUUGAUGGCCUACGAGAUCUACCGAAACCGAAACUCCUCUGAAGCCGACUUCAGACUUAUCAGCGACAUGUACGCGCGCGUCAUGAAAGAAGACAAAGUUCUCUGCGACAACGCACAGAAGAACCUCGACCGAGGAAUCUUUACCAACGGCCAGCUGCACCCCAAGUACGAGAAAGCGCCCCUCUUCUUCCAAAGCACGAUCCGCGAGGUCAUCACGGAGCAUUAUAACCGCGAGAAGGCUGAGGGACAGGAGAUCUGGCCGGCGAGGCCGCAGGUACCAUGCGAUACACAGGUGACUGAGAAGGAUGAGGCGCUUUGUGGGGAUCUCUGCUGCCGAGCUCCGAAAGAGACUUUGGCUUUUUGA